AUGCAGGGAGAACAAACAGGUCCAUCAGAGUCUGCCCCUUCAGGAAGACAUUUCACGUCUACAGGGUCGGGCGUCGUUCAAGCAAACAUGGGCCCGGCGACGACUAUGCCAUUCACGGAAAUGAAUGCAAAAAAGGGUUCUCAAAGGGGUCGCGGAAGAUACAGGAGAGGGAGAGGACGAGGAGACUCUUCAACGGCACUUCAUGACUCGGAUGCGACUGGAACGAGUACUAAUGAUAGUAUGGUACAAAACGCCGCGACACCACGUCCACGCAACACAAGAUCGGCACGUAGCAGACGGCCACGUCCAUUGACGGAUGUACCGAAUCACGAAGUGACGCUGGGUGGGACUGCAUUGACCCAUAGUCAAGGAAACCAACGUCGACCGCGGAUUCCAUUGACGGUUCAAGGUCCAGUCCAGGAUGAGGCAGCAAAUCAAGAGACAACCCAAAGCGGGCAGACUAUAGAUGGGAACGGAGCCGGUAGCAGAUCAGGAGAAAAAGAACGUAAACGACGACCGAGACACAAAAAAGCUCCCAGAGAUGCAUCGGGACCGGUGUCAGUGUCGGUCCAAGGAAACACGGAUCAGGAAGGCGAUCUAACGGCAUCGCUCAUUGACGGCUUGACAAAGGGUGACUACGAGUGCAUGAUAUGCUAUGAUAUCGUCAGAGCAAGGGACGCUGUGUGGAGCUGCCACAUUUGCUUUGCAGUCUUUCACUUGAAAUGCGUCUCAAAGUGGGGCCGGAAAUCUGCACAGGAUGCACUUGCGAAUCCAGCGUCGUCAUCCUCAUCAUCAAAUCAAGUGUUUCUGUACGAAAUCCCUCAACCCGCCAUUCAGCCGCUACCUUGUUCCCCACACAUGCGGUCAAACCUGUGGUCGAGACCGAAACUGCCCACAUCCCUGUGGAAUGCAAUGCCAUCCCGGGCCCUGUCGGCCUUGCGAGUCCCUGGCACCCCCCGUAUCAUGCCACUGUGGCAAAACCAGCCUGGUCAGGACGAGAAUCUUGCACGGACGCUAUUCCAACCUGCGGUAAAGUAUGUAACAAGGUUCUCGGAUGCGGUCAUCGAUGUACUGUUCCAUGUCACACUGGAGAAUGUCCACCUUGCAGUGAAAUCAUUACCGCGCCAUGCCGAUGCGGCAAGGAAAUGCUACAACUUGCGUGUAUCGACUUACCGCGUGACGACCAAGGCGAGAUUCAGCCCCCCCUAUGCAAUCGCACUUGCACGGCAAUGCGACACUGUAAACGACAUAAAUGCAAAGACCGUUGUUGCGAUAUUCAAUUUCACGUGUGCACACAGACCUGCGACAAGACUCUUAAAUGCGGAAAACACCCGUGUACGUACCCGUGUGGACAUCCCGGCCGCUGCCACGACUGCAUUGUCGGCGUCUCAUUUGAUGAAGUAA